GAUUUCUGUUGUGAGGAUAUUUUGUCCACAAAAACAAAAUAUCUUGAGCCAAUCACUCUCUCAUCCGCCCCUUCUCUCCCCCCUCCCGCCUCGGAAAAGCAGAAGAAGACAUGUGGCUGGCGUCAACACCCUCCUCCUCGUCCGUGCUCUCCACCUCCCUUUGCGCAACCAGAAGUAGGUCACUCCCGCUCCGCCACAGUCGUCACCAUCACCUCCGCUUCCUCCCAACUUUCAGAAAAUGCAUUUUAAAUUGCCGGGAAUCAUCGGGAAGGAGUUCUGCCGAGAGGGUGAGGUGCUGGGCAGUGAAAGUGGAAGACGACAUAGAUGAUGAAGCAUGUGAGUUGGUGAAUGGGGUGGAGCUUUCCAUCGGGGAAGGCGAUGAUAACAUCGAAGCUUAUCUCUUUAAGGCUGUUAAGAAUAACAAUGGAACAUGUGUGUUGCUCUUGUCUGAUAUCUUUGGGUUCCAGGAUUCAGCCACCAGAGACUUUGCUUACCAAGUUGCCUGCCAUGGUUACAACGUCCUUGUUCCGGACUUAUUUCGUGGUGAUCCCUGGGCAGAAGGCCGGCAGAGAGCAAUGCUUGAACAAUGGUUGGCUAGCCAAGAUCCGGAGAGGGUUGCAAAGGACAUUGCUACCUCAACAAAAUGGAUCGUUGAUGAAUUUACAGCUGCAGGGAUUUCCAAGAAACUUGGUAUUAUUGGGUUUUGCUUUGGAGGUGGCCGAGUGAUAGACGUUUUAGCUGCAGAUCAGGGUGCUUAUUUCAGCACUGCCGUCUCAUUUUAUGGAACCAGGAUGGACCCAACAACAGCAUCUAAAGUAAAGGUGCCUGUCUUAUUCAUUUCAGGGGACAAUGACCCUCUUUGUCCAGUAAGUGUUUUGAGUGAGUUUGAGAAGAGCAUUGGCCAGGGGUCUAGGGUGGUAAUCUUCAAAGGAAGAGGUCAUGCCUUUGCACAUCGACCUGGAUCUCCUGAUGAGGAUGGAGAUGCAGAGCAGGCGUUUACAUUGAUGAGAAAUUGGCUACAUGAUGGCCUUCUUGUAAAAACCUGAGACUGCAUCUAUGUUUAUGGUUAUCUUGUAUGUUGUUAGAGGUAGAAUUGGUACAGCUGAUUAUGACUA